GCGUACCGCCGCCGCCGCCGCCGCCGUAGCUCAGCCCUUCCACCGCCGCCCCCGUUCUUCCUCGUCGCGUCCCUGCUGGCUGCCUGUCUCGGGACUCAGAAGUCACGCUCCUAUGGCGGCAUCUGAACAGCAGGCUAAGGAGGAGUACGCUGAUUUUGAGGCGAGGGUCAAGAGGACGAUAUAUAUCGAUCACCUCUCCCCUGAGGUUACUAGCCAGGUUAUCAAGGCUGCUCUUGCCCAGUGUGCGAAUGUUGUCAAUACGGAGUUCAUCGUGAACUACACGAUCCCGUAUGAUAUCCCUGCCGCUGCAUUGGUGGAAUUGGACGAUGAGUCGCAGGCCAAGGCAGCUGUUGACUUGAUGAAUGAUUUCCCUUUCAUCAUCGGCGGGAUGCCCAGGCCUGUAAAAGCUGUGUAUGCGAAGCCCGAGAUGUUUCGGGAUCGCCCUAGUCGGCCUGGAUUGAAGAUGCAAAUCAGCUGGGUGAAACAAGGGGAUCCGGAGUAUGAUGGGAUGAGUAAGCUGAAGGGCCUGGCCAAGAGGCAAGAAGCAGAAAAUAUGGCUCUCAUCAAGACUGAACUGGAAGAGGAGAAGGAGCUGGCAACGCAGCAGCAGGAAACACUCGAUGCGAACUACAAGAAGUACGACAUGAUCGAGAACAUCAUGCAAAACGGGAACAUCAAGAACCUCGCCCAUCAUUAUAAGGUCAACCUGGCUGACAACUGAUCAGGCCAAUGAAGCAGCCCUGGAGAUUGCCGUUCCUAGUGCAAAGCUAGUUUCUUCUGGUUCUGGGGCAUUCCACUCAUAAAUGUGUGAUGGUGUGAUAGUAAUAAUACAUCGAUGCAGCCACGCUCUACUUUGUGGCCAGCUGCAUCCUCAGUGUCAAAUGUAGUAGUUGCUUAGUGUAGCAGCCGUUGAUACAUUAUGACCCGUUGAGGCUAUGCCCGGUGUAAUAAAGUUUUGUUGAGAUGAUCCAGUGAUGUCUGUUCCUGUCUCCUGUAUUACGUGAAACCUUCUUAUCAGA